GAACGUUGUCAAAUCUUGUUUAUCCUUGUAGGAUUCUUUAUUUUCCAGUGUUACUAAAUUACUAAUUAUUCUUAAACUAAGCUGUUGUAAUUAUACUCAAUUUUCAAAAAUAGAUAGGUUUUUAAAAUAAAGAUUCGCGUUAAUUAACAUCCAGUGCAUUUACGCAUCCAAACUGAAUAUACUACGAUGGAUAGGUUCGAAUACAUGGAAGCACGUUUGUUUGAAGGUGAAAAUUACAUUAAAAGGGAUAGGAACGUAAAAAUUUAUGACGGAGAAGACAAGACUCAAUUUGUGGAUGGAGAAGUUGUCCUAACAACUCAUAGAAUACUAUGGGGCAAGCCUGGUGAUAUACCUAAGGGGCUGACUUGCCUUUCUCUACGCUUGUACUACGUGUUCUGUGUUGAAGAAGAAAGUGCUGGAGUAUUUGGACUUGGUGGACUUAAGAGAAUAAUAUUACACCUCGGACCUGCUUUACCUGGUAAAAUACCAGGACCAGCUGUAGUGAGUCCCUACCACUAUGUAAAAUUAUCAUUCAAAGAUGGUAUAGACUCCGCCUUUUAUAAAGCACUAAAUGAAGCAGUCAGUGCAAAAGCAUGGGAACAACAAACCCCAUCUUCCCCUCUCUCUGCCUCGAGCCCCAAUGCUAGCCCUAAGCCCUCAGUAGCACCAAUAAAUUCUAAAAUCAGAUCUGGUAUAAUCGGAAUUGAAAGAAGUAUAGAGGAGCAUCAUAAAGCAACUGAUGAAAGUAUCACUGUGGCGUUUAAGGACUUGACCAAACUUAUGGAGAAAGCUAAGGAAAUGGUUGCAGUUUCCAAAAAUAUUUCUACUAAGAUAAGGGAAAAACAAGGUGAUAUAUCAGAAGACGACACAGUGAGGUUCAAGGCUUACCUGAUGAGUCUAGGCAUCGACGACCCGGUCACGAGAGAUGCUUUCCGCUCCGAUUCUGAUUACUACAUAGGUCUGGCGCAACAGAUCUCGGAUAUGAUGGUGGCUGUUUUAAUGGAAUGUGGAGGAAUUAUGUCCCUGUCAGAUGUUUGGUGUCGUGUGAACAGAGCAAGAGGGUUGGAAUUAAUAUCUCCUGAAGACUUACUAAAUGCUUGCAAGUUACUCCAAACUAUUGGUGCUCCCAUGUCGCUCCGAAAAUUCCCAAGUGGAGCCUGCGUCCUGCAAAUGAACAGCCAUAGAGACGAGGAAGUAGCCAAGACCACGUGUACCAUGCUUGAAGAAAAUGGAAACCUGACGCCUGAGAAGCUCUCGCAGAUCGCAAAUGUGUCCGUCCUGCUGGCAAGGGAGCGCUUAUUCACUACCGAGCGUCUCGGGCUCGCCUGUAGAGACGAGUCCAUAGAGGGCCUAGCGUUCUACCCUAAUCUGUUCUUGAGGGAAACCUCCUAGCACUAUUUAUAGAAUAGUAGAUUGUGUUACAGCAAAAUGACAUUGAAUACUGAACGAAGCAAAGGAUUCCAAAAUAGAAUCUUGAGCGUAAUGAAGGAUUCAAGUGUUAACGCUAUCAUGUAACACAUACUGCUUUGCACAUCACAUAUGAGGAAAUUAUGUUUCAAAAUAUUAUUCAAGCAAAAAAUAGUAUGCAAUGCACCUCAACUGUAAAGAAAUUGUAAUCGAUUAUUUGCAUACUAUUUUCAUAUUUCGUAAUGUUCAUAUUUUAUAUUGAACUAUAUAUAGCAAUAAAAUGUUCUAGAACAGAAAAUUGAUACUAUGAUCCCUCCUGGCAGGGAAAGUCCUUUUCCGAAUGGAUGAAGUAAAUAUGUAUUUUAUUCUUUAGCCGCCCACAAACCAAAACUUGCUACAACAAAUGCAUUUUUGAUAAGUCAAAUGAUUCCAAACGCGGUAGAACUGGAGGCAUUUUUAUAGGCUUCUGGGCGGUUAGAGGUUAAGGUACUGGGGUAAGAGGAAAAACACAGCACACACUUGUGUGGAGCUGAUGCUCCUCUUAUCCUAUCAGACCUUGCCUAAAGCAAGUAGACAAUUGAAUUAUUUUUUUCUGCUCUCAAACAUAUACUCAAACCAGCCAUGAACUAGCAAGUUGCUUAAGCAUCACUUUCUAUAGGAGUUAGAAGAUUUAGUAAUUUUUUAGUACUUUGGAGGACAAUUUCUCCCAAUAGGUUGAGUUUGGGCAGCUAAAAAAAAAUACUUGUCUGUUAUUUUAGACUACUCUAUAACAUAUAUAAAUAUAAAUCAAAUCGGAACCGGACAGUUGGGUACCGUUCCUUGUAAGUAUUGUGUUAAAGUGUGAAAGCUAUUACUGAAAAAUCACUUGAGGUCUCCCUCGAGCUAUCUUGUUCGGCGUGUAUUUUGGAGGCAAGAGCGUAGUCUAAUUUAAUAUUCUAUGGCAAUCGGCGACGUAGUUUACACGGUUUCAGUCGAAACCAGAUAUUCUGACGUGACGGACCUAUCCUCACUUGAAAUUUUUCGAAUCCAAGCAGACAUUGACAGAGCAGCGUGCAUUUUAAGAUUGGUAAACCUACUUCUAUGAAUUUUACCGUGUAUCCACGAUGACGCGCAAAUUUGUCAAAUCUAAUCUAACCUUUAACAUGACAAUACGUAUCAAGGAACGCGUCGUCGUGAAUGACACGAUCUAUAAUAAGCUUUCAGCGCCAUCUAGUGAUCGACGUUUUUAAAUUUGAAUGUCUAUUAAUUUUAAUUGUCUGUGAUUAAUAAUAAGAAUUAUGAAAGUCAUUAUUUACAAUUUAACCAUUAUUUUUAUGAAUAAAAUGAUAUAACAUUUUAA